GACGUGCAUCGCGUCAGUAACCCCGUGGUGGUCAGUGAUGGAGUGCUGAAGGCUGGGGGUCAGAAGGAGGCGGCGGCCAGUGAGGUGGGCUGGAUGACCUCUGUCAAAGACUGGGCUGGAGUCAUGAUCUCUGCACAGACGCUCACCGGACGCGUGCUGGUGGUGUUGGUGUUUGCCCUCAGCAUCGGCGCUCUGGUGAUUUACUUCAUCGACUCCUCUGAUCCCAUUGAAUCCUGUGAGCAUUUCGACAAGAACUUCACCCUGCAGAUCGACAUGGCCUUCAACGUCUUCUUCUUGCUGUAUUUUGGACUGCGUUUUAUAGCAGCCAAUGAUAAGCUGUGGUUCUGGCUGGAGGUAAACUCAGUGGUGGAUUUCUUCACGGUUCCGCCGGUCUUUGUGUCUGUUUACCUGAACCGGAGCUGGCUGGGACUGAGGUUCUUAAGAGCCUUGAGGCUGAUCCAGUUUUCAGAAAUAUUGCAGUUUUUAAAUAUCUUAAAAACAAGCAACUCCAUCAAGUUGGUGAAUUUGUGCUCCAUCUUUAUAAGCACAUGGCUGACGGCGGCUGGAUUCAUUCAUUUGGUGGAGAACUCUGGAGAUCCUUGGGAGAACUUCCAGAAUUCGCAGCCUCUGUCGUACUGGGAGUGUGUGUAUUUACUGAUGGUGACCAUGUCCACAGUGGGCUAUGGAGAUGUGUGUGCGAAAACAACCCUCGGCCGCCUCUUCAUGGUCUUCUUCAUUCUGGGAGGACUGGCCAUGUUUGCCAGCUACGUUCCUGAAAUCAUAGAGUUAAUAGGAAACCGCAAGAAAUAUGGUGGUUCCUAUAGUGCAGUAAAUGGGAGAAAGCAUAUCGUGGUGUGUGGACACAUCACACUGGAGAGCGUCUCCAACUUCCUCAAAGACUUCCUACACAAGGACAGGGAUGAUGUCAAUGUAGAAAUAGUUUUUCUCCAUAAUAUUUCCCCUAAUCUUGAGCUGGAAGCCUUAUUCAAGAGACAUUUCACCCAGGUGGAGUUUUACCAGGGCUCUGUGCUCAAUCCUCACGAUCUCGCUCGAGUCAAGAUUGAAUCAGCCGAUGCCUGUCUGAUCUUGGCCAAUAAAUACUGCGCAGAUCCUGAUGCAGAGGACGCAUCCAAUAUCAUGAGGGUGAUAUCCAUUAAAAACUAUCAUCCAAAGAUACGCAUCAUUACACAGAUGCUGCAGUACCACAAUAAGGCUCAUCUGCUGAACAUCCCGAGCUGGAACUGGAAGGAAGGAGACGAUGCCAUCUGCCUGGCGGAGCUGAAGUUGGGCUUCAUCGCCCAGAGCUGCCUGGCACAGGGGCUCUCCACCAUGCUGGCCAACCUGUUCUCAAUGAGGUCCUAUAUCAAGAUUGAGGAGGACACGUGGCAGAAGUAUUAUCUAGAAGGAGUAGCCAAUGAGAUGUACACUGAGUAUCUGUCCAGUGCCUUCGUGGGUUUAUCUUUCCCCACCGUCUGUGA